CUACCCUUAUCUCUCACAGUACCUCUUAGAAAUCCAUCUAGAUCUCUCGAUUCCAAACCCUAGCUUUCUCUCUCUACUCUCUCUCUAGUAAUUCUAAUGGCGCCAAAGGCUGAGAAGAAGCCCGCCGAGAAGAAGCCAGCGGAGGAGAAGAAGAGCACCGUCGCCGAGAAGGCACCGGCGGAGAAGAAGCCGAAGGCCGGGAAGAAGCUGCCGAAGGAGGGCGGAGCAGCCGCCGGAGACAAGAAGAAGAAGAGGACGAAGAAGAGCGUUGAGACUUACAAGAUCUACAUCUUCAAGGUGUUGAAGCAGGUUCAUCCGGACAUCGGGAUCUCGAGCAAGGCCAUGGGGAUCAUGAACAGCUUCAUCAACGACAUCUUCGAGAAGCUCGCUCAGGAAGCCUCGAGGCUCGCUAGGUAUAACAAGAAGCCUACCAUUACCUCUCGGGAGAUCCAGACUGCGGUGAGGUUGGUGUUGCCUGGUGAAUUGGCCAAGCACGCGGUGUCUGAGGGUACGAAGGCCGUGACUAAAUUUACCAGUUCUUGAAUUUUGGGGAUUGGGGCGGUUUUCUACGGUUUGUUGAAAUUUGGUAAUAGAAAUUAGGGUUAGGGUUUUGUUUUAGUACUCCUUAUCUGCUAUUGUUAUGAUGUCUUUUGGUUUUCAAUCAAAUGGUUAUGUGUAAAGUAUUGGUGCUGCAUUCAGGAAUGAAAAUGCUUUUACUUUAUGUUGUCUUUGUU